UGACUGUCGUAUUACUGGGAUCCCUAGUCAGUGCUGAACAAACCCUACUGUCGAGCAAGCUAGAAGUUGGAUUUCGUCAUUCGAAAGUGGAGAGAAAUACUCCUGCUGACUGUGGCGUUUAUUUAGACUGACUUUAUUCGUUAAGGCAGCUUGGGUACAAAUUGAAUCAAGCCGAAAUUAGUGUGAGGUCGCUGUAAUUCGGUCUGAAAGUUAGGUUAACAAAUCUGGUCGGCAGCCACUUCACGAAACAUGGAGUGAUCAUGAACGUAGAAAAUAACCGACUGCGGACAUUUGAGGGCUGGCCUGCCAAUGCUGAGGUGGAACCCCAGCGCAUUGCGAAGGCAGGCUUCUUCUCUACGGGCCGGGGCCUAGAGGUUCAGUGCUUUUGCUGUGGAGGAAAGAUCUCGGAGUGGAACUAUGGUGACCAGGUGAUGGCCCGGCAUAGAGCCCUGGACCCUCAGUGCCCCUUUGUGAAGAAUCCCAUUCAGUCAGGCAACGUGCCAACGAUCCCAGGUGACUCACCCGCGCCUCCGGGGAGGAGCAGUCAGCCAGAUGGAGCGGGGCCCUCAAGCUCGACUGUGGGGGACACUGGAACGUGGGACCAAGGGACAACGUACCGCAGUGAGGCCGCCCGCUUAGAGUCAUUCCGCUCCUGGCCUAUUCCUUUCAUAGUGGCACCAGAACGACUUGCCAGAGCUGGCUUCUACUACCUCCAGCAGGGGGACAGGGUACAGUGUGCAUUCUGCUCAGGUGUGGUGGGACACUGGGAGGCAGGCGACGAUCCCAGCAAAGAGCAUCGGCGCCACUUCCCCUCAUGUCCUCUGCACUUUAAUGUCCCUGUUGGCAACAUUCCCCUGGGGCAGUCUAAUGAUAGCGUGCAGCAGUAUCAGAAUGCCCGUGACGGCUUUGCUCUCAGAGAAUUUCGGCCCUUCUCGGCUCCAGAGAGGAUUGUCGUGUCGGGGGGUACAGUGAGCAAGCAACAUGACUUCACCGAGCUGGGCAUACAGACACAUCGUGGCCCAAGGCAUCCCAAGUACGCAACAGUAGAGUCUCGGUUACGAACGUUUAUAAACUGGUCGCCCACCGUGCACCAGACGCCUCAACAACUUGCUCAGGCUGGAUUCUACUCUGUUGGUCAGAGUGACCAAGUGCGAUGCUUCCAUUGUGAUGGUGGGCUUCGGCACUGGGACCCCGAGGAUGAUCCCUGGACUGAACAUGCCAGGUGGUUCUCGCAGUGUGGAUUCGUGCUUCUUGUCAAAGGGGAUGAGUUUGUGCAGCAGGCCCUCAUCCAGCACCCACCAGUGCUUCCAGUCUGUGGAGAAGAGAGCCACAAGACACAGGCUGUGGAUGUACGUCACAGGGUGCGCAGUGUCACAGAGGAGGAGCUCCAGGGUCUCAUGAGUAUGGCUCCGGCUCUUGCAGCUCUGCAGGUAGGAUUAGAUGCACCGCGAAUAAAGCUGGCUCUCCGUCAUAAAAUGGAGCAGACGGGCAUGCCGUUCACGACGUCUGACGCACUCAUCGCGGCCGUGUUGGAUAUCCAGAUGAAUGAGGAGACAGUUUCUGCAGCAAGUAGCAACAGUAGUAGUAAUAGUUCAGUUAACAUUGCCAGCAGGGAGAGCGAAGGAGAGGAUGACCAGCAGAGCAGUUCCCCGCUGAAAGUUUCCCGCUCGAUGCCCAUGUUGUCGGACCAGCGAGAGGAGAAACCGGACAGAACGAAGCUGCUCACAGAUCAGUCCAACACCAAGAGCAUGCCACACCUGCUCUCAGCAGGUAAUGACAGCAGCAAAGCCAAAGCAGAUGAUGGUGUGCCACCGUCACUUGAGGAGGAGGUGCGGCGGCUCAAAGAGGCUCGGUUGUGCAAAAUCUGUAUGGAUGAGGAAGUGGGGGUGGUGUUCCUGCCAUGUGGACACCUGGUGACCUGCGUGAACUGCGCACCCAGCCUGCAUGACUGUCCGGUGUGCCGGCAACUCAUCAAGGCCACUGUGCGAACCUUCCUGUCAUGAGGAUUGCAUCAGUUUUGCCAACCCAUUGAUCUCGUUGCAGCUAGUUUGUACUGCUACAAUACUCGGCCUAGUUCUGUAAUUUCCAAUGCCAGGGCUCCUCAUCUUAAAUAAGGUUAAUUUUCAUUUUUGUUUGUUAACGGGUCUACCUUUGUAAUAAUUUAGUCAUACUCUGUGUCAGCAGUUGGUAGGAACUUUCCCUUCUCAGUCCAGUGAUUUGUUGCGUAUUAGUAAGUCAUGAUUAUUAGAAGGAACGUUCUCCUAUCCGGGUAGUGGUUCGACCGUAGAAAUAAAGAUGGCAAGAACAGACAAAUUAAAAAAUUGUGAGACCCCAAUCUGAAGCCAGAAUGCUGUAAUUGCCCCCAUCCCUACUGACUCUAAAGAGAGGGGACAGUCAGAUCAAAUUUACAUCAUUACUUUGCACCUCAGCUGUUUUAUUAUGCACAUUAUGACAGAGCAUCAACAGCGUGCUUUAUGUAACAAGGUAUUUGAGUUUUGUGCGUUUACCUGUAAGUACCUUACAAUGGCUGAUGUUACAGAGUAGCAAUUAUUUGCCUUUGUGGUCGUACUGAGGACAUACGUCUCGGUUGCACAAUCACGAGAGCGCAUCUCUGUCUGAUAGGAUGUUGUUUACUCGUAAAUGAACAGUGUGACUCAGGCAGGACAAGUUUAGUACGCACAUGCGUUCACUGCAAAGCGCCGUUGACUGGCGGGCAUUUAACGGCACAUUGAUCGAUGCAUCUGUUGCCGCACUCCCAUAAAGUAAAGUCAUCCUAGUUCUGUUCAGUUAUUGUCAACUUAUGGCCUUGUUCCUGUAGUUGCUCGCUGAGUGAAACUUUUGUUGGUGAAAUUUGUAAUUCUGUCUCAUGACUCUUGUGGCGCACACUUUUUAUCGCCUCGCCUUCAGGAUGUGCAGAGAGCAAGGAGAUGCUGUGUACUGGUGCCACAGCUGAGCCAUAAGGACGAGAAGGAAAAUUCUUAGCUGUGGUGGUGACAGAAGGUGAUUGUAUUACUGUAACUGUGAUUUCUAUAUUUUUGUAACAAUGCUAAACUAAAAGUGUGCACGUCUCCAUGA